AAGCCUCGCCCAUUUGCAGGAUACAACGACGACGACGACGACUCAGAAUCGGACACGCUAAUAGAAGAAUCAGAUGACGAAGACCGCUGGAGAUCUCACCACAAGGCGAAGAAGCACAAGACCAAGGACACCAUCGCAUCGGCACAUCCACAGCAACUGGACAACAAGAAGCAGGAAGAAGUCGAGCACCUCAUCACACAGCUCCACGGUAUGUCUUUGAACGACCCAACUUACACGGUUUUAUAUUACAGAGCGAAGAAGAUCGACCCCGACAUUGUCGGAGUCGUAAUGGCCCCCUCGACUGCAGCACAAUCGACGCCACAAGCUAUCAACAGGAACUACAACCCGAUUCCACCUAUGCCGACGCAAGUGCAAGCACAGCCACAGCCACCGCCGCCGCCACAGCCUCAACCACAGCGACAGUAUCAACAGCAAUCGACCUCGACAUUCCCCAAUAACUUUGGAGCGCAUCAAUUUAUGUGUUACGGAUGCGGACAGGCAGGACACAGGAUGGCAGCCUGCCCAGAUCUCAAGCCCUACCACGAUCAGCACUACAUCAAGACGGUCAACGGACGAGUUGUUCAAGCUAACGGCGACCCGAUACCUAGGACUCCAGGCGAACCUAUGAUCAAAACCAUCGAGCGGAUGUUCCCCAGGUCCAAUAUCACCGUGGUUCCAGAAGAACUCGACCAGAUCUGGCUGAACGAUGAGCAAGAACAAGACGACGGCGACGAUGAAGUCACUGUCUAUAUGGCACGUGAUGGAUUGCGGAGCGGUACCAGACCCAAGGACGCCUCAAAAGCGAAUCGGAUCCCAGCGCACGACGCUUCCUUCCCCAAAAUGACUACCAAAGGAUGGAUAGGCAAGCAGCGAAAUCCUCCCAAGCCCGCGGACACCCAGCCUCAACACACACCAGUCGACGUCUUUGACAAGGCAUUCAACUCGGACGACUCGGACGUUGUGAUGGAAGAUCCUCAACUUGCGCCUGUCACUAUACUCAAACGACCUUCGCCUACCACCCAGGAGAAGGACCGCGAAGCUCAGAAGACUGGCAAACUGACAUCUUUAAAUUCUGAACAGGUCGACCACGACGCCAUCUACAAUCGGUUCCUCAACGCCAAGGUCGAGCUCACUCAACAGGAACUCUGCGCCAUCUCUCCAGAGAUCUCUAGGCGAGUCAUCAUGGAUAACAAGCCCACCAGGUCUCAACUCAAGGAAAACAAGGAGCCAGAACCUACCGGACCCACCGUGGCAAGAAUCGUUGGCGACAAUACACCGGCACCGAAGCUUCCAUCGCGCAUCACAGAAGUUCGCCAGAGUCUCAUCAAGAUCAAUGCUGAAAUUAAUGGCAACACUAUACCUGCGGUCAUCGACACCGGCUCUAUGAUCAACAUCGUGCACAAGACCAUCUGGGAACAAUACAUCAAACGACCUCUCGACAGAUCUGUUACCUUCCCAGUAAAGGAUGUCAACGGCGGAACAGGACGACUAAUUGGCCUAGUGGGAGAAGUACCCAUCGACUGCGGAAGAGCAAGAACGAUCGCCCAAUUAUGGGUAUCGGAUUCUAUUGACUUCCCUCUUUUGCUAGGGCGACCUUGGACAUCCUCAAAUUCUGUCGACAUUAUCGAACGGGACGGCACCUACCUCAUAUUCAACUACCCGGAACACAACGUGCAACUCAAACUCAAGGUCGGCACGGACUCAGACGAGAAUACUAACAUUUCACAGACAAUGGGCCUCACUACGGAGCACGGACUUAGCGAAAUCCGCGAACGCGCCGGGCCGGAACGUCACCGGUGGCGUGAGAAGCCGCGGCAAGACGCGCCUCACGUGCUCGCCACGCGACUGCCCAUUAUGGAGGAGAGCGACAUGCGAUCUUAUCUUUCAGCAACACCGCCACCCCGACGCCCGACUCUUGACGCCGACGACUUAAUCGACGAUAUCGCCGCCGCCGCCGACUCGCAACUUGCCCGCGCCCAGUCAAGAGGCGGCUCUUCGGACCUCGACGACGACGACUACCGACGAAUCCAGGCGCAUGUUGACGCUGCCGUCCGGCAGUGUCAAGACCUUCAUGAUCGCUAUCAAGCGCGACUAUUCACCCGUCCCUUGCGCGGCGGGCAAUGGACGCCCCUCACCGACACGCUCGCGCAUCUCCCGGCGGGAAUGCGCCGACUUCUGGGUACGUACGGUGCCUUCGAAGUCACGCUGACCACUCUCGACAAUAGGCAAACUCGGAUAUUACUCACCCUCGCGCACCCUCGAACGGCACCCGAACGCACGCCGCCCCUCGAAUCGAACUCGGCACAUCAAGAACUCUUGAUGUACGAAGACCGGCCCGUUCCGGACACCCUUCAAGAUUCCGAAUCCGGACGCUACGACCCACGUAAAGAUAGGCGUGGAGGCCACGACUCAGCCCUCCACACGGAGCCCCUUCAUCGGGCGCUCUCUCCACUCACCACCCACCACCUCCACCCGGAAGAGCAAGGCGCGGACAAGCUUGACAUUAUGGACGACCCCGACGACAUGGAAGAACUCGACAGCGGCCUCUAA